GCUCACACAGCCUGCCUCUGAGGGUUUCAGAUGUAUAUAAUCCCGGAGUUGACCCAGAAAACAGGCACUCGUUUUAGGAUCUGAUGCGGCAGCCUUUUGUCCAUCGCUCCUGAUCUAGUAUGAAGCUUAACCUUUUGGAAUAUACCCUGUGAUCCGUCGGCAGAUUCGCAGCACAUUGACAAACGCAACAUUAUUUCCACUAGCUGCGGCAAAGUCAUUGAACUUUGUUAACAGGCGAGAACAAACAAGGGGAGAAGCCAUUGUGGAGUGCAUGAUGAUGCCCAUGACCCACAGCGCCUCCAAUGGAGCCAUCCACGGGUACCGCGUGGGGAUGAACGGCAGCCUCCAGCCGGGCCCCCAGCCACAGCACGCUGGCCAGCCCAGCAUGAGGGCCCUCCCCAACGGGCAGAUGAUGCACUACGGCGGCGGGCCCCAGGCCAACAUGGAGGCUGCCAUUCGCCAGAGGCCCAACCUGGUUGGAGCCAUGAAUGGCCAGAUGAACGGUGCUCCCAUGGGCCACCACCAAAUGGCACCUGGCAACAUGAUGUACAGCGGCCAGGGGCAGCCACCGCAGCAGCAGCACCCACAUCACCCACAACAGCAGGUACUCCAUCAGCAACAGCAGCACCAGCAACAGCAGCACCAUCACAUGCACCCGCACCAGCAGCAGCAGAUGCAGCAGCAGCAACAGCAGCAUCAACAGCAGCAGCAACAGAACCACCCUAACCACCACCACCAGCAGCAGCACCAACAACAACAACAACAGCAGCAGCAGCAGCAACAGUAUGUGGGCGCGGGUAUCCCUACCCCACAGCUCAUGGCCAGCAUACACCUGCAAAAACUCAACACCCAGUACCAAAGUCACCCUAUGGGCCCCAUGAACGGGAACCACAUGGCCAACGGGGUCCAGUUCCGCAUGGGCCCGGCCCAGCUGGCAAGCAUGCAGCACAUGGCGGGGCCAGCGCUGGGACUCAGCGUCAUGGACGCGGACCUGAUCGACGAGGAGGUCCUGACGUCGCUGGUCAUGGAGCUGGGCUUGGACCGCGUGCAGGAGCUACCCGAGCUCUUCCUGGGACAGAACGAGUUUGACUUUUUCUCGGACUUUGUGAGCAAACAGCAGCCGAGCACGGUGAGUUGCUGAGAAGUGGAGUUUUAGUGCUAUGGGGAGAAAGGGGGGGAUGACCCCCCUCGUCAGGAGGGCGGUGGGCAUGGUAACGGGCACUAAGAGAAGCAGAAGAGGGCGCCGGAAAGGAUGGCAACAAAGGCGGAUCCGUGUUUGUUUCUUCUCCUCGUUUUGGUGGCACGCUCGCCCUGCCCGGCCUGCCUGUCAAGUGUCCGCGGAGGAGGAGGAGGGUUGUGGGCAUAGGGCCGGGCCGUGUCCAUUUCAAGUCCCAUAGCUGCGGGGAGGACUCUCUUUUUUGCUCAGGCUGCAGUUCUUCCAAGUCUGGCCUGAGGAUGGAGAGAACCGUCCCUCUCAUGGCUUUCUCCUGCCUUCUCCCGGGAAGGAUAUGAAUGUAAAAUACAAAGGGAGCAGUUGCCAUACGCCCCUUCACGCAAUGACAAGACUCUGUCCGCUCGUCCACCUCCUAUGGAUGUCGAGUCUUCACUGCAAUUUUACAAUGAAAUGUAUUUAUUUCUGUCGCUCACGGACUCACAAAGUGAGACAAGCCAGAGACUCAAAGAAAAAGAAAGCAAAUGAUAGAACUUGAAAGAAAUAAGGUUUAUGGACGAGAUCUGUGUUUUUAACAGUGAUUUUGAUGAAAUGUCACUUUAAACCUGAGUAGGGGUCUCUUGGGGUUUUAAAGAAAUUGGUUUGGACUAGGCUGUGAAAGUGUGUUUGAAAGGACAAAUUGAGUCAUGGAUAGAUUUUAUUGGCAGCACCAACAGCGAAAAAACAAAAAAAAAUCGAAUUACUUUACCUUCUCGUCAUCUCACUGGGCCACCAACCUGAUCUCGGCAGUAUCAACCACUUGCUCCUCCUGUUAACAAACAUGGCUGUGAUUGGCCUAGUUCGUAGUGGGCUCUCCCCCUCACAGUGAUGGAGAAGACGCCACAGAUCUGCCCUAUCCGAGCAGCUGUUUUUAUUUAUUGAACUCCCUGGUCCUUUAAGAUCAUGGCCAGACUCAAUCUAUGUGUGACUUCAGGAUGUGGUGAUCAAUAAAGAUGGCCUAGUUUAACCGUGGCCUCUUGUUUUGCAUUCAUCACAAAGACCUUAUCUGAGGAAAGAGGGUGGAACAUGCCAAAUGCUGAGAUUAACUAUUGAUGUAGUACCUAUAUACUUAAAGAAAAAUGCUUUAUAUUGUGACUCUUUGCUGUAUUGAGUGAGGACUAGUGACGGCAUGGACCUUCAACUCAGUCUUCGCUCCUUCAGUAGGGCACACUUAGGGUUCACUAUUAGGUUCUCAAACACAGAACCUCUGGCCUACUGUCCAAGUCAAGGAAUCAAAAUACAACAGGCUCAUUUUAUUUAUCCUCAUAAGAGAUUAAUUUACACAGUCUGGUUUUAAUGUGGUUGGGGAAAGAGUAGAGUUACUGAAAUAUUGAUGUGUUGUCAUUUUUGUCUGUUGCAGUCAAUGCUCAGUUUUGACAAAAAAAAAAGCCUUUCAAGUCAGAUUAAGACAAGCUGGGAAUGACCAAUUUUGUUUCUUUUAGAACUACACUGCUUGAUAACGUCAAUGUGCAUUUGGUCCUUCCUUCUAUAUGCAGGCCCUGCUCUAGUGUGCUGAGUGUAGCCAUGUAGAGGUGCAUGUCUUGUUCAGCCAUGGUGAAUGACCAGAGGGUUGCUGACACUGGACUACUGAAUGAACAAACCCUACAGUCCUGGUCAUGUUAAUGUAAUAAUAAAGGAGAGUUGAGGGGGGAUGGGAAGUGAGACUCGUGCAUACGUGCACACACACACACACAUACACACCGGAGUUAAUCUGUUAUUACCUGGAAAACACACAAGCAUGCACAAAAACACAUACAGUCUUAGCCCAGAGGUUCAGCAGAGAUCUGGCCUGCAUUCCUCCCAGUCUUGCUGGGCUUGUAAGCCAGAGGGUUGGGGGAGGUUGACAUGCCUGCAGAGCUGUUACCCACCCCCACCCCCACUGAUCAUUUCCUGUGGCGUUGGGUGGGUGGAUACAGGAAGUCGUGGAACAGAGUCAACAUGGGAUCCUUUUGAAGCACGAGCGUGACUCUAAAUGGUUUAAUGGUAGAGAAUGGCUGAGGGCAACUCAGACCCUCUUUAAAACUAAACAGAUUAGCUUCUCGCAGUCUUUCCCUCACUCACCCACACUCCCUGUCUCUCUCCUUGACCUCUUUUUCUGACUGACUGAACAUCCACCACCACCAAUGUAGGUUGGCAGGGCUGUACAGUGUGUCGGGUCAGCCGGUAGACUUGCCUUGGUGUCUGUCUGUGCCUCUGGUGUGGACUUGCUUGAUUGUCGGCAUACUGCAGAAGCAGAGGGCUUUUGCUAUCCUUUCACCUGAUUGUCUUGAGACAUCUUUGCUGCUUGAAGGGUUACAAAUGGUGGCGAGCCAGCGUAAGGAAGGCCAGAGCUUUGGGAACUACCACACAGCUGGCCGUUCAUAUUCUGUUGUUAUGUUACUUUUGGUUGGAAGAUGAUGUAUUUAUUUUAAGCAAUAAUAAAAUAUUUAUUUAAUGAAAACA